AACAAUGGGAGGAACCUUGUUAACUAGAGUUUGGGCUCCAGCUCGAGAUGUCGUGCACAACUCAGCGCAUUUUACGCACGGUGACUGACCACAACAAGCCAGCGGGCACGUUACGUAAGCGCGCAGCCACAGCAGGCAUUUAAACAGAGUCUGUGGAGCUCCAGCGAGAAAACUUUUCCUCUGCUGCUGAAGCCUCAGUCCGACACCAGCGUGUCUCCACCCGCUCUCUGCACACCUGUCUCCACCAUCCAGACAUGUCCUCCUACAACAACAGCGCGUGUUUCAGCGAGGCCACGAGGGUCGCUAUUUUCGGUGGCACGCACGGGAACGAGAUGUCAGGCGUGACGCUCGUGAACCUGUGGAUGAAGAACAGCGCCGAGGUACAGAGGAAGAGGGUCGAGACCAAACCCUUCAUCACCAACCCGAAGGCUGUGGAGAAGUGCACCAGAUAUGUGGACACGGACCUGAACCGAGCCUUCACCCCGGAGAACCUCAGUGCCCCGGGUGGAGAUGGCUUGCCCUACGAGGUUCAGAGAGCCCAGGAGAUCAACAGGAUAUUCGGACCUAAAGGAAGCCCAGAGGCCUACGAUGUGAUCUUUGACCUCCACAACACGACGUCCAACAUGGGCUGCACUCUGAUUCUGGAAAGCUCCAAAGACCACUUCAAUCUGCAGAUGAUGAACUACAUCAAGAAAGCCAUCGCUCCGGCCAGUUGUCUUGUUCUGCUGAAUGAACACCCUCUUCUGAAAUAUUCCACUUCACGCUCUGUGGCCAAGCACCCUGUGGGUCUGGAAGUGGGUCCUCAGCCUCAGGGUGUACUGAGGAGCAACAUCUUUGAAGCUAUGAGGGUGAUACUGAAACACGCCCUGGACUUCAUCGAACUGUUUAAUGAAGGCAUGGAGUUCCCUCCCUGUACGGUGGAGGUGUUCCGGGUCUCAGAGAGGAUCGACUACCCCAGAGAUGCCAACGGAAACAUCAUUGCCAUGGUGCACCCCAAUCUGCAGGACGGCGACUGGGAGCCGCUGAACCCCGGUGACCCUAUGUUCCAAACGUUUGACGGAAAGACCAUCCACUACCAGGGCUCCGGCACCGUCUAUCCCACUUUUAUUAAUGAGGCAGCCUAUUAUGAAAAACAACAGGCGUUUGUAACCACCAGGCGAGAAACCUUGGUAGCAAGUGCCAUCAGAAAAGCAUGAAAACCGCUCUGUGAGGCUAAUGGCGAUCGUUAAUAUAUGUUAGCCACAGCAACAAUCUGUGUAUAGAUGUUGCACUUUGUUCUGUUAGAAACCGAACAGACUCUGCUCACAUAAUGACUAGAUACCAUCUUUUACACACUGAUUUCAUUUUUUAUGCAUUUACUAUCAGAAAAUCAAUUAACUAUGCAAAGAAUAUUUGUGGAGGCUUUGCAAGAGUCACUGUGAAAGUCUUUGAUCUGAAGACUGAUAUAUUGUUGUGGUAAGUAUUUACAAUACUGUUCUUAUUUAAAAAUCUAUUUACAUUACAUCAACUAAGUUUUUAUAAUAUUAAAGGCCAGGCCUGAUCAUUGAAGGCUUAUAAAUCAUUAUACAAGUUUCCUACUGCUGCUCAGGAAGGCCGUUGAGGAUCAUAACCUGCAACUUUUGACCCAAAACUGUAGUUGUUUGUCUUCCUCUGAAAAUAUAUUUGUAACAUCUUUAGCAGGGUGUUUGUGGCCUUUGAUACGACCUACCUGUAACUCUAGUGGUUGCAUCCGUGGUGCUGUCCUAUUGUUGCCUUAAUGGAGAUUUCUGACAAAACUGCACAGCAAACAUGGGGAGGAAUUUGUAGAUUAUAUGUGUUGAAUAACAAGACAUUAUUUUGAUAAGAAAUUGUAUAUGUCCAAAUGGGAUGCAGUUUGAAACGUGUUUUAUAAUAAUAUAUUUGUGUCUAUUUUGAUAUACUUGUACUGUAUGUUUGGUUUUAAGUGAUGUAUAGGAUUUGUUGAAUCACGGGAAAGCAUAUGUACUUUCUAAUGUUUUUACGUCUUUGUUGUCUCAAAGUGCGUCGCUGUGGUCUUACAGUAAUUCCUUUUUCAUUCAGCAAUAUUUUUGGUAGCACCAUUUAUAUGAUUAGUGAAGCUCACUGUCCUUGAAGUCCUGUGGAAAUGAUCCAAUCAAUAAAUGUAGUA